GUGGCAACCAUGGCGGACGAAAGCCUACACGUACCGGACACCAGCAUCGACUUCCACAUCGUGCAGCUGUUCGAGCGGCUCGAGGCGAUGCGAAAGGAACCGGGCCAAAAGCUGUCCCGUUCGUUGCAGGGCCGCAUCAACAUGCACACCGAGCUGCGCAGCCUGGAACUCUGGCGAUCGAUCACGUGCGAGAGUUUGGCGUCCUUUUUCUACGUUUUCAUCGUGUGCGGAGCGGCGGCCGGAGCCGGUGUUGGGGCAAGCGUGUCCUCCGUCCUGCUGGCCACAGCGCUUUCGUCCGGUUUCUCCAUGAUCGCGCUAACCCAGUGCUUCCUGCACACGUCGGGAGCACACGUCAACCCGGCCGUCUCGAUAGGGAUGCUGGUCGCGCGCCAAAUUUCACCACUCCGUGCUCUGCUGUACAUCGUGGCGCAAAGUGGAGGUUCCAUCGCUGGAGCUGCUCUGCUGUAUGGCGUCACCGUGCCCGGCUACCAGGGCAAUCUGCAGGCGGCCGUUUCCCACAGCUCAUCCCUAGCCGCCUGGGAGCGGUUCGGUGUCGAGCUCAUCCUGACGUUCAUCGUCGUCCUGGUGUACCUCAUCUCGACGAGCUCGUUUAAGAAGUACUUUGGUUCAUCCGCGAUCGCCAUCGGUGCGGCGUACAGUGCGUGCAGUUUCGUGUCGAUGCCCUACCUAAACCCAGCUCGCUCGCUCGGUCCAUCCUUCGUGCUCAACAAGUGGGACAACCAUUGGGUGUACUGGGUUGGACCGUUGGUCGGAGGAGCCAUUUCCGGUGUGCUGCACGAGUUCAUCUUCAGCGCAAAGCGAUCAGCCAGGCGCUCGAAGGACGACGUUGACUCGAGCCUCAACUCGGAAGAUGACAUCAACUACGAUAUGGACCUGGAGAAGCCGCACCAACAGCAACAUCAGCAGCACCAACAACAGCAGCUGCAACACCAGGGCAAGUACCAUCAGUACCGGGCUCCGAGUGGAACUCUCACCGGAAGUCAGCAGCGUUACUGUCAGAGCAUCUACACGGCCGAGCCAACCUCUAAGGUGGAGCGAAUCGAACCGAUCUACGGUGGAACCAAGUCGAUGUACUGCAAAUCACCACCACUGACUCGCGCCAACCUAAACCGUUCGCAAUCGGUCUACGCUAAGAGCAACACGGCACUUAACCGUGACCUGCCAGCUCGCUCAGGACCUCUUGUUCCAGCUCAAAGUUUGUACCCAUUGCGUGUGUCUGCCGCACCUCAGACACACCUGCAGAAUCAAAACGUGCAGAACCAACUGCAACAACGCUCAGAUAGCAUCUACGGCAUCCGUGGUUCAAUGCGACAACCUGCCCCAGGCGUAACUUCUCAGAUGCCUCCCCAGAUGGCGCCACCAACCGGCGAAGGUCCUGGCUUCCAACCGAUCUACGGUGCGCGUUCCAACAACCCCAACUGCUCGACGGACGCGCUCAAGUUCGACCGUGACCCCAACAGCCGUGACGACACGCUCAGCUCGAAGUUUUCGCGCGGAACCGGAGCAAACCGGCCGGACUCGAUGUACGGUGGAGCAGGUCAGCGGCGCAUCCAUUCGGCGCAGUCGGAUGAUAGCUCGUACGGGUCGUACCAUGGUCCUGGACCUGCGCUAACGCCACCGACACGUAACGCUAGUAACGGCAGCAGCAGCUACAACCCGGUCGUAGGAACCGUGCUGCCAAACUACGAACGCAAGACGUCCUCAUCGUCCGCCUCGAACCAGCAACAGCAGCAGCAAUCGCAGUCGGCUCGCGGAGGACAGGCUGGUUCCAGUAUACAGAAUACGAGCCUUCCACCACCACCACCACCGCUACACCACGCGAUGCCACCAUCCUACGCCAUGCAUCCUGUGAGGCAGAACUAG